AUGAAACAAAAAAAAAGAAAUCGAUCAAAUCUACUCCCAAUCAUAGAAUGUGUAUUAUUGUGUGGAAGACAAGAACUUGCAUUACGUGGUCAUAAAGACUCUCGACCAAUCUGUUUUAAAAGCGAGUCUGAAGAUAUUCAAUAUCAACAUGUAAAUGAAGGUAAUUUCAGAGCCAUUCUCAAAUACAAGGCUAAAGAUAUGGUUGACUUCAAAGAAUUCCUAGAAUCUGAUUCCAGAUACAAAUAUACAAGUUCUAAAAUUCAGAAUGAAAUUAUUUCUACAUGUGGUGAUUUAAUACUUGAAAAAAUUGUGAAAGAAAUUAAUGCUGCAGAAUGUUUUUCAAUUUUAGCCGAUGAAACCACUGAUGUUUCUUUAAAGGAACAGUUAAGUUUGUGUGUCCGGUAUGUUGCCAACACUGGUAAAGAAGUUUGCUUACGUGAAACUUUUUUAAAAUUUGUUGAAAUUCAUAGUCUAACUGGUAAAGAUAUAGCAUCUUCUAUUAUAAAUGGUUUAAAUUCUUGUGGGGUGGAUUGUAAUAACAUCUAUGGUCAAGGAUAUGAUGGAGCUUCUAAUAUGUCAGGACACAUUAAAGGAACACAAACUGUAGUGCGGGAAAACUUCCCUAAAGCGUUAUAUGUGCAUUGUGCGGCGCAUUCGUUGAAUCUAGCUGUAUCAACUUCUUGUGACAUACAGGCCAUAAGAAAUUGUUUAGGGACAGUCGAAAAAAUGUACUGUUUUUUUAAAACACCUAAACGAAAUAAUGUAUUGCUGAAUGAAAUUGAUGAAAGUGACUUGGAUCUUAAAUCAAAAUCUCUCAAGCGUCUAUGUGCCACAAGAUGGGUUGAACGAUACACAGCCAUAAAUGACUUUGCUGAAUUAUUUUCUUGUGUUAUUGGUGCACUUGAAAAGAUAUCCGAAUGGAAAGAUUCAACUGCUACUGACGCCAACAUAUUAUUAAAAUCAGUCGAUUCAGAAUUUUUAGUAUCUCUUCAAGUUGUAAAGACAUUGUUUGCAUAUGGUUUGCCGUUAUGUAAAAUUUUACAAAAAAUAGAUAUUGACUUAAAAGAAGCAGUUGAUUUAGCUGAAAUCAGUGUUGAUACAAUUAAAUGUUUACGUGAAAAUAUUGAUGAAAACUUCAAACAAAUGUUCAAAGAAUCUGAGAAAAUGGCUGAAAUAGUAGGUAUCACUAUUUCAAUUAAGCGUUUGAGUCAGCGAAGCAAACAUCGAGCUAACCCUAGUAUGGAGAAUCUUACACCAGAAACUUAUUAUCGUGUAACUGUUGCUAUUCCGUACAUAGACUCAUUCAUUCAACAAUUAGAAGCAAGAUUUUUAUGUCAUAAAAAUGUAUUCAAAGGUUUUCAAAGUUUAUUUUCUGGAACUUAUUCAGAAAACUUUGAUGAACUUGUUGAAUUUUACCUCGAUAUUGACAAGCAAACAGUUCAAGCUGAACUACACUUAUGGCAUACUAAACUUAACAAACUUGUGAAAUAUCCUAAAAAUUGUUUAGAAGCGUUGAGACAGUGUGAUAAAGAAAUAUUUCCCAAUAUAUAUUUUCUAUUAAAAAUUCUAUGCACUUUACCUGUUUCAACAUCCACCCCCGAGAGAACAUUUUCUUGUCUCAAAAGAUUAAAAUCUUAUCUGCGAAACUCAAUGACUGAGACUCGACUUAAUGGCUUAACUAUGUUAGCUGUUCAUAAAGAAGUACCACUAACAGCAGAAGAAGUUUUAAAUGAAUUGGGCAAAAAAUCAAGAAAACUAGAUUUUGUUAUUUAA